AUGAAAUUAAUCGAUUUUAUCGUUCCUUCAUUUUAUUACAGAAUUUCUCAAGAUAUAAGGCUCAGAGACAAAAUUCCAAAUCCGUUGCCAUCUGAAAAAAAGCCAAAAAAGUAUACAAUCAGACUGGAUACAGAAAAAUGUAUAAUGCUCACUGAUAAAAUUAAAUCGUUAAUAGUUAACUCAUCAGCAAACUUAAAUACGCUUCAAUUAGGUUUAGAUGACCUACUUGAUAAAGUUGUCAAGGCAGCAAAGGUUCAAAAACGAAUGACCCAGUAUUUUUCGAAAUUAAGUAUCCCAAUGGAAAUCAAGCUUAGUAUUCUCACGCAAAUUACAGAAUUUGGAUGCAAUACCCCUCAAUUCAUUGUUGAGAAUGCCAAGUCUUUUCAAGAUAAAAUUAUUACAGAUUUCCACCUUCAAAUUUAUACAACUUGA